CUACCGCCACAAAGUCUGAUCAAUGGAGGAACGAUCUGAAAGUUUCUUCUCUGUUCCUGAACUCUUAUCUCUCUAUCUCUCUGUGACACCUAAUAUAAUUCAGCAACAUAUGAUCAAGAACAAGAUGAACUGAAGAAGACCCUUUGACAAGAUUGGCUCUUCGACCCCGGUUCUGCUUGAAUUAUUGCAAAGUCAUGGGAAGCAAAAGUUUGCGCCUGCUUCGCAUAUUCUUCUUCCCCUUCAUGGCUCAUGGCCACAUCUUGCCAACCAUAGACAUGGCCAAGCUCUUUGCAUCUAGAGGCCUCAAGGCAACCAUCAUCACCACCCCACUGAACGCACCGAUUUUCGCCCAAACCAUCCAGAGGACACAGAAGCUCAUGACCAAGAUUGAUGUCGAGACCGUCGAAUUCCCAUCCCUGGAGGCCGGAUUGCCUCCGGGAUGCGAGAAUCUCGACUCGGUCGCGUCCCAAGAGAUGGCGCUUAAAUUCUUUAAGGCUACAGAAAUGCUGAAGCAGCCGUUGGAGGACCUUCUAAACAAGGACCCUCCUGAUUGUCUGGUGGCUGACAUGUUCUUUCCAUGGGCAACUGAUGUGGCUCAGAGGUUAGGAGUUCCUAGGAUUGUGUUCCAUGGAACGAGCUUCUUCGCACUGUGUGCGACGGAGUGUAUCAGGCUUCACGAGCCGCACAAGAAUGUGUCAUCUGAUUCAGACCCUUUUGCGAUCCCCAACUUCCCUCACGAGAUCAAGUUGACCCGAAAGCAGCUUCCGGAGUAUCUCCGCUCUGGUGUCGAAAACGACAUCAUGAGGCUCACCCGUGAGGUCAAGGAAUCCGAGGUUCAAAGCUUCGGGGUCAUAGUCAACAGCUUCUACGAGCUAGAGCCUGACUAUGCUGAUUACUACAGGAAUGUGCUAGGAAGGAGAGCCUGGCACAUUGGUCCAGUCUCAUUGUGCAACAGGGACAUUGAAGACAAGGCUAGGAGAGGAAAGAAGGCCAUGGUCGAUGAACACGAGUGCCUACAAUGGCUAGACUCGAAAGAUCCUAAUUCGGUUAUUUACAUCUGCUUCGGGAGCGUGGCGAAGUUCUCCCCCAAUCAGCUCCGGGAGAUCUCGCUUGCGCUCGAGGCCUCAGGGCAGCAGUUCAUCUGGGUCAUCCGAAAAGCCGAUGGAGGCGGUGAGGGCAAGGACGAGGCCAGUGGCAAUGAGGAGUGGCUCCCGAGAGGAUUCGAGGAGAGGAUGAAACUGGAAAACACGGGACUAAUGAUUCGGGAGUGGGCACCUCAGGUAUUGAUCCUCGAUCACAAGGCGAUUGGGGCGUUCGUGACGCACUGUGGAUGGAACUCGACCCUUGAAGGGAUAUGCGCGGGGUUGCCGAUGGUGACAUGGCCGGUCUUCGCAGAGCAGUUCUACAACGAGAAGCUGGUGACCCGAGUGCUGAGGGUCGGUGUAGAGGUUGGGGCUCAACAGUGGGUGGGCAUAGUCGCGGACAGAGAGAUAGUGAGCAAAGACAGGAUCGAGAGGGCUCUGAGGCAAGUCAUGGCGGGGGAUGAAGUGGAGGCGAUGAGAGACAGAGCCAAGCUACUCGCGGCCACGGCGAGGAGGGCUAUCGAGGAUGGAGGGUCCUCGGACUCGGACAUGAAAGCUUUGGUCGAAGAGCUCGCUGUUGACACCUGA